GUUGAUAUCGAGAUUGGGCACCGGGGGAAAAUGUCUCUUUUCAACUUUGUCGCUGGUUUGCACCCCCGGUGAAGGCCACAGGCCGGUUGUGGGGUGCAGAUGUGCUGAGAGUGAUUUCUAAGUAGUUGAGUUGUUGAGAUGAGGGCACGACUGCUAAUGGUAGGCAGGUUUUGUUUUCAUUGGUGAAUCUGGUGUCAUCAUAUUCCGGUCAUAUGUUGAAAUAUUCUUUGUUUAGGUCUUGAAGUAGAGGAUCUCACUCUGCACGUCCACAUUGUGUUGUUUUUAAAUGAUGUCUUCAGGAGUAUGGAUUUCUAGAAUUUCAAAUGUGAGUUAAGGUCCGGGCGUAUGUGGGCCUCAGCACUGGCCUUGACAGUGAACUUUGUGGCUGUGUUUCGGAUUUCAAAGAUUUGCCCCAUAGCUAGGGUGCAAGUUGUGCAUUUUCCUUACUAGUCAGUGUCAGGAACAUAGAAGCUGGAGCUGGGGAAGUUAGAGAGAGAAAGAACAUUUGUGUAUUAAUAAUUGAUAGCUGAAUAUUAGAAUCAGAUUAAUUUGGGUUGAUGAAAGUUUUUUUUUUUUUUUUUUAAAGCAAUUGUGCACUCUAGGAAGGAAGCCUUUUCAUAGGCACACUUCAUAAGGGUUCUUUAGGGUGAGGGGCAGGAAUAUCUCCUUUUUAUGAGGAUACUCAUCAACAUCUGUAGCUUUAUUGAGGCCUAGUAAGGGUACUGAAGUUGGGGCUAAAACAUGUAAACAUAGUUUUCAGUGUUUAUGUUAUUUGUUUAUAUCUGAUAGUCACUCACGUUUGAGCAGUAGAAAUAAAUAGGUCAGCUUUUCUUUGGGAUUCUGAAGACGAGCCCCCUCCUCCCUAUUUUAAGUUUCACAAUUUACUUGGUUUACAGCAUUGUUGGAAAUUGUUACUACAUUUUUACUGGGAAUACUAUUCAUUUUAAUUUUGGGGGCUAGAGAACUGAAGAAGAGCCAGUUUUCCCCAAAUUGGACUUCUCAGAACCUUUAAUAUGCUAAUGUGCAUUGUGAAUCUCCAAGAGGGGGAUAUGAUAUGCAGCAUUCUUGAAUACUUCUAAUGACAGGGAGCCCACUACCUCAUAAGCUGCAGUGAGAAAAGGAGUUUGUUAUCAUAAACGGAGGCUGAAGAAACUAUAGAAUUAGCAGACGGAGAAAGUGGAGAAGGUAGAGGAUGGAGUUGCAGACUCUACAGGAGGCUCUUAAAGUGGAAAUUCAGGUUCAUCAGAAACUGGUUGCUCAAAUGAAGCAGGAUCCGCAGAAUGCUGACUUAAAGAAACAGCUUCAUGAACUCCAAGCCAAAAUCACAGCUUUGAGUGAGAAACAGAAAAGGGUAGUUGAACAGCUACGGAAGAACCUGAUAGUAAAGCAAGAACAACCAGACAAGUUCCAAAUACAGCCAUUGCCACAAUCUGAAAACAAACUACAAACAGCACAGCAGCAACCACUACAGCAGCUACAACAGCAGCAGCAGUACCACCACCACCACGCCCAGCAGUCGGCUGUACCCUCUCCCAACCUGACCGCUUCACAGAAGACUGUAACUACAACUUCUAUGAUUACCACAAAGACACUACCUCUCGUCUUGAAAGCAGCAACUGCGACCAUGCCUGCCUCUGUUGUGGGCCAGAGACCUACCAUUGCUAUGGUGACCGCCAUCAACAGUCAGAAGGCUGUGCUCAGCACUGAUGCGCAGAGCACUCCAGUCAACCUCCAGACGCCUAGUAAGGUCACUGGGCCUGGGGCAGAGGCUGUCCAAAUUGUGGCAAAAAACACAGUCACUCUGCAGGUUCAAGCAACACCUCCUCAGCCCAUCAAAGUACCACAGUUUAUCCCCCCUCCUAGACUCACUCCACGUCCAAACUUUCUUCCACAGGUUCGACCUAAGCCUGUGGCCCAGAAUAACAUUCCUAUUGCCCCAGCACCUCCUCCCAUGCUUGCAGCUCCUCAGCUUAUCCAGAGGCCCGUCAUGCUGACCAAGUUCACCCCCACAACCCUUCCCACAUCCCAGAAUUCCAUUCACCCUGUUCGUGUCGUCAACGGGCAGACCGCAACCAUAGCCAAAACGUUCCCCAUGGCCCAGCUCACCAGCAUUGUGAUAGCUACUCCAGGGACCAGACUCGCUGGACCUCAAACUGUACAGCUUAGCAAGCCAAGCCUUGAAAAACAGACAGUUAAAUCUCACACAGAAACAGAGGAGAAACAAACAGAGAGCCGUACCAUCACCCCACCUGCUGCACCCAAACCAAAACGGGAAGAGAACCCACAGAAACUUGCCUUCAUGGUGUCUCUAGGGUUGGUAACACAUGACCAUUUAGAAGAAAUCCAAAGCAAGAGGCAAGAGCGAAAAAGAAGAACAACAGCAAAUCCAGUCUAUAGUGGAGCAGUCUUUGAGCCAGAGCGUAAGAAGAGUGCAGUCACAUACCUGAACAGCACAAUGCACCCCGGGACCCGGAAAAGAGGUCGUCCUCCAAAAUACAAUGCAGUGCUGGGGUUUGGAGCCCUUACCCCAACAUCCCCCCCAUCCAGUCAUCCCGACUCCCCUGAAAAUGAAAAGACAGAGACCACAUUCACUUUCCCUGCACCUGUUCAGCCUGUGUCCCUGCCCAGCCCCACCUCCACAGACGGUGAUAUCCAUGAGGAUUUUUGCAGUGUUUGCAGAAAAAGCGGCCAGUUGCUGAUGUGUGACACGUGUUCCCGUGUGUAUCAUCUGGACUGCUUAGAUCCUCCUCUGAAGGCGAUUCCCAAGGGCAUGUGGAUCUGUCCCAGAUGUCAGGACCAGAUGCUGAAGAAGGAAGAGGCGAUUCCGUGGCCUGGGACUUUAGCAAUCGUCCACUCCUACAUCGCGUACAAAGCAGCAAAAGAAGAAGAGAAACAGAAGUUACUUAAAUGGAGUUCAGAUUUAAAACAAGAACGAGAACAACUAGAGCAAAAGGUGAAACAGCUCAGCAGUUCUAUAAGUAAAUGCAUGGAAAUGAAGAACACCAUACUGGCCCGGCAGAAGGAGAUGCACAGCUCCCUGGAGAAGGUAAAACAGCUGAUUCGCCUCAUCCAUGGAAUCGACCUCUCCAAAUCUGUAGACUCUGAGGCCACUGUGGGGGCCAUCUCCAAUGGCCCGGACUGCACCCCUCCUGCCAACGCCACCACCUCCACACCGGCCCCUUCCCCCUCCUCCCAGAGCUGUACAGCGAACUGUAACCAGGGGGAAGAGACUAAAUAACAGAACCCCUCUAGGAGAAGCCACGGGAUCCCGGCCGCAAGGAGAGCAAAACACUGAAGACUCUAGAAAAGCAAAGCCGGAUUUCUUCUGGAAAGUACAGAAUUCUUUUGGUUCUUUGGUUCCAGAGAGAGAGAAGCUUGUGCCAGGUGGCACCAGAGUUUGCCAAUUGAUCCUUCUUAUUCUGUGUGUACAUGCAAAGAUUGGACCAUGUUACAUGAAAUAGUGCCAGCUGGAGGUUCUUUGCCAGCACCAUGCCAAGUGAAAUAAUAUAUUUACUCUCUCUAUUAUACACCAGUGUGUGCCUGCAGCAGCCUCCACAGCCACGAUGGGUUUGCUUUUGUUUCCUUGGGCGGGGAGCAGGGACGGGCGGGGGGAGGAGAGCAGGUUUCAGACCCUUAUUUGCCGAGCCGUUUGCUUAGGUAGAAAAGACGAGUCCAAAGAGUGUGUGGGCUUUCCUGUUCCUAAACUUUCACUACUAUAAAACCAAAAAAGGAAAUUGAGAUUGAACUCAUCCCGUUGCCCAGAAGAGGGAAGAAGAGUGGCUGGGAGGGAGCCAGGGUGGGAAAGUGGAGCGACCAAGCAGUAUUUAGUAUUGUCUGAGGGGCUGGCGCAGGGAGGUGGACACCUAGAACACCCUACGGGUUCUCCUCCGCACAGGCCCUGCUCACCACGCGGGGAUCCCCACCACUCCUGAAGCCUUGGGACUCUCCUUCCCUCCCCGCUUGGUGAUCGCAUCCCUGUGGUGAUCCGUGUGUCUCCUCUCCAAGAACAAGCAGAGCCGGGGUACCCUGUGCCUGAGGCAGGGAAGAAGGGUGUGUGUGUCCAGGAAGGGAAAAAGGUGGAUCAGUGAUUUUACUUGAAAACAAGCUCCAUCCCUUUUCUAUAUUUAUAAGAAGAAAAGAUCUGAGCGAAGCAGCACGCGACCCAGGUGUGUGUGAAUUGAAUGGAGAUGUUUCUUUACUCUUUUAUUUUUGUUUUUCUUCUUUUUUUCUCUAAAGAAAGUUUUAUUUUAUUGUUUAUUUUACUUUCUUGGUAACAAAAAACUAAAAUAAGGAAUAGAAAAGCUGUUUUUCAGGCUGACAGUCCAAUUAAGGGUAGUCGAGACCUUGCAUGGUAGACUAGGAAUCAUAGUGUCAGUGAGGUCCAGUGAGUCUUUGUGAGUCCUUGUGUCAUCGUUCGGGCACUGUUUUUUUAUGCAAGGGCAAAAAUCUUUGUAUCUGGGGGAAAAAAACAACAACUUUUUUUUUUUUAAUUAAAAAGGAAAAUAAACGAUAUUGAGGUCUUCCUAGUGUUACUUAAAAUUAAGAUCAAGGUAAGAAACAUUGUAAAAAAAAUUACAAAGUGCUAUUUGUUUCCUAAAAACAGUGAUUUCUAUUAAAAAGGUGUCAGAACUGGA